CAGAAAGCUCUCACACUCUUUUACAUCUCAUAUUAAAAUUAUUCAUGUUCCAACUUCAAAAACAGUUUAUGCGAUUUGUAAAUGGUAUUUACAAAAAUAUGGUGAAGCAUAUGCAAUGGAAAAUACACACUGUAUUAAUAAAAAAGAUAGACUUAGGCCACAUUUUUUGAAUUGCUUAAACUUAAAGGAAGCUAUUAGUAAUGAUGAAUAUAAAAAAUUAAUAGAAAUAACUAAACCAUCUAAAAAAAAAUCCAAGACUUUGAGCGAAAGUAGUUCAUCAAAACUGAUUAAUUCUCAAA